UUUUUUUUCAUUUAUUGUUGGAAAAAAUUUUCACAUCGCGUUGAUUGUAGUAAUUUGAUAAAAGAAAAUAUUUUGUGGCAGAAAGAAACAGUUGCAUUUUACAAAAUCGCAAGAACUUGCUAAUUGAGUAUUUCGCUCGGCAUCUUGGAAGUCUAGUCGAUACGAUGCCCGACGCGGUGGACGGUGGAAACAUUCCAAAAUCGAAACGACCUUCGGACUCGGCUUUCAAGCAACAGCGACUUCCGGCCUGGCAACCCGUAUUGACGGCUGGGACAGUCCUUCCGGCCUUUUUUGUCAUUGGAAUCGCCUUCAUUCCCGUAGGGGUAGCUCUGCUCUACUUCUCGAAUGCCAUUACUGAGUUUGUGUACGAUUAUACCCACUGUAUUCAGAUGGGUAGCAAUAAUCGUACUUGCUCGGAAGUGCUGAGCAUGAAGGAAGCGGACGAUUGUGUGUGUUCGGUCAAUUUUACACUGGAAAAAGAUUUCCUCGGUAAAGUGUACAUGUACUACGGGCUGACCAAUUACUAUCAAAAUCACCGACGGUACGUGAAGUCUCGUGAUGACGAUCAACUGCUCGGUCGUCUCUCGGCGACACCGUCCAGUGAUUGUGCUCCCUUUGCCUACACCGACGAUGCCAACACGCUACCAAUUGCACCCUGCGGUGCGAUUGCCAAUUCACUGUUCAGUGAUACCUUCGAGCUAACAUCGGAUUUGUACGGCCCGGUUCCGCUGUUGAGAACGGAAAUUGCCUGGCCGUCGGAUCGGAAGAUAAAGUUUCGCAACCCGGAAGGUGAGGGCAGUCUGAAGCAAAAGUUGAGUGGAUUUUCGCGGCCCAGGGACUGGCAGAAGGAUCUGUGGGAACUUGAUCUUCUCGAUGAUAAUAACAACGGCUUUCAGAACGAAGAUCUCAUCGUUUGGAUGCGCACGGCUGCGCUGCCCAGUUUCCGCAAGUUGCAUCGCCGCAUCGACCACUCCAAGAAGUACUUCGUGGAUGGAUUGGGAAAAGGAAACUACACGCUGAAAAUAAACUACUCCUACUCGGUCAGUGAGUUUGACGGUACCAAAAAGAUCAUCCUGUCGACCACGUCGCUGCUGGGCGGUAAAAAUCCCUUCCUCGGAUUUGCCUACAUCAUAGUAGGCAGCGUCUGUCUUUUGCUGGGCAUCGUUUUGCUUGUGAUUCAUAUCAAAUGUAGUAAAAACACUUCCGGCAUCAACAGCGUAAGUCAGCGCACGCCGUACACAUAGGAGUUACUUUCGUUGAACAGCUAAGUUACCCUUUCCGAAACGUAGAUUCCCUACCUGACUGUUUGCUGGUUGGUUGAAUUUGUCAGAUUUUUAACGCGGUAAGUACUGUUCAACAGAGCUGAGGAGGAGCCUAACUAAUUCAUUGGAACCGAAAACGAAAGGAUGCUUUAACAAUCGUGUCUAGUUAAGUUUGAAUUACGAUCAUACUUUUUUUUUUAAACUAAGUGAUUGUUUGUACAGUGUUUGUUUUACUGGCAACCGGAUUUUAUUUAUAGGAAAAUGAUAUCAGAAGAAUACAGUAUUGUUGUCUCAGGCGAGCAUGAAUUCAGCAUAUUUGUUAGAUGGUAGGAGAAGCACAGACAAACAUUUGUCAAAUUGAUGCAAAGAAAAAUAAAAACUGAAGGCAAUCAGAUAAAUGUUGGAAAA